AGGGGUCGGCGCCGAUCGUACCAAGUGCCAGGGGAGGGGGAGGAGGAUGCUGAUCGCGCUCGGUCGCCGAGGAGACAGAUAGAAGACCGGCCGUAGCCGCUGCCAGUCCCCCGCCUGACGGCUCUGCUGCCCCGGGCUCACCGUACGCCCUCUCAUCACCUCCACAGCCGGGAGCGGAGCGGACAGUGACUGGUAACGGGACUCACCGGACACUGACACCGGGGACCGGAGCGAACACAUGAUGAAUUACCUGCGGCGCCGCCUAUCGGACAGUAACUUCAUGGCCAACCUGCCCAACGGGUACAUGAGUGACCUGCAGCGGCCGGAGACCCCCGCACCGCCCGCCGCCUCCCCGGGACCCCCGGCCGUGUCCCCGGAGCCCAGCACCGGCGGCGGUGGCGGCGGCGGUGGCGGCUUCUUCUCCUCCCUCUCCAACGCGGUGAAACAGACCACGGCCGCCCUCAGCGAGCAGGUGUCCACGGCGGCCGGAGGGGUGUCCGGGGCGUCGGCCAGGGGGGCCAAGGUGCUGCUGGUCGUUGAUGAGCCGCAUACGGACUGGGUGAAGAUUUUCAAAGGGAAGAAAAUCAGCGGAGAGUUUGACAUCAAGGUGGAACAAGCCGAGUUCUGUGACCUGAACCUGGUGGCACAUAGUAACGGGACCUUCUCUGUGGAUCUGGAGGUCAUGAGAAACGGUGUAAAAGUCGUGAGGUCACUGAAGCCGGACUUUGUGCUGAUUCGCCAGCACGCCUUCAGCAUGGCACGGAACGGAGACUUCCGCAGCCUGGUGAUAGGGCUGCAGUACGCCGGAGUCCCCAGCCUGAACUCCCUGCACUCGGUGUAUAACUUCUGCGACAAGCCCUGGGUGUUCUCUCAGCUGGUCCGUCUGCAGAAGAAGCUAGGGCCUGAGGAUUUCCCUCUGAUCGAGCAAACGUAUUACCCCAACCACAAAGAGAUGCUGACUGCGUCUAAGUUUCCGGUGGUCAUCAAGAUGGGACACGCUCAUUCAGGGAUGGGAAAGGUGAAGGUGGACAAUCAGUAUGACUUCCAGGAUAUCGCCAGUGUGGUGGCUCUCACCAAAACCUACGCCACGUCAGAGCCAUUCAUCGACGCCAAGUACGAUGUCCGUAUCCAGAAGAUCGGGAACAACUACAAAGCCUACAUGAGAACCUCCAUCUCCGGGAACUGGAAGACCAACACGGGAUCGGCCAUGCUGGAGCAGAUUGCGGUGUCAGACAGAUACAAGCUGUGGGUGGACACAUGCUCUGAAAUAUUCGGUGGUCUGGAUAUCUGCGCUGUGGAAGCUCUGCAUGGAAAAGAUGGGAAAGAUCACGUUAUAGAGUUGGUGGGCUCCUCAAUGCCAUUAAUCGGAGACCAGCAAGAAGAAGACCGGCUGCUGAUCGCAGAUCUGGUGGUCAGUAAGAUGGCACUGACUCUUCAGUGCAGCUCAUCGCCCAGCCGCUCCAUCCACGGGCCUCAGCCACAGGCUCAACCCGUUCACUCGCGAUCUGCUACUCCCAUUCAGCAACAGAGACCUCCCCCUCAAGGAGGACCACCGGCAGCCCAGGUUCCUCAGAGACAAGGGCCUCCCUCCCAACCAAGGCCACCACCACAAGGACAACAGCUUCAGGGUUUAGGGCCUCAGCCUUCGCAGCAUCCAGCAAAUCUACCCAGCCCUGGGGCACAACAAAGGCAAAUUGCCCCUCAGCAGCAGCCUUCGCCCCAGCAGAUUAGGUCCCAACAAGCUUCACCCCGCCAAUCUCAGUCCCCUCAAAGGCAGCCAAGCCCUCAAGGCUCACAGUCUCCCCAACGCCAGCAGCAGGCACCUCCCAUGCCAGCAGGUCCCAAGCCAAUGGGUGUCCAACCCCCUCAGCCUCGGCCACCUGGCCCUGUUAGGCAACCAGUUCCUACAGGGCCCCAGCAGAAGCCACCACCACCAGUCCAUCAACAACAGCACGGCAUCCGUCAACCAGGACAGCAACCACCACUGCAGCAACGGCAGUCGGCUCCCGGCGGUCCCCAGCAACAGCCGCCCCAGCAGCAGCAGCACCAACCGCCACAGCGACCCAUGACCCAGCAGCCCAGGCCUAACCCUCAAGCACCUGGGCAGGGUCCAUCACGUCCCGGUGGGCCCCAAAAGCCUCAGCUGGCUCAGAAGCCGGGCCCAGAGCUGCCCCCACCCCAGCCGCAGCUGAAUAAGUCCCAAUCCCUCACCAACUCCUUCACCCUUGCAGACUCGCCAGCUCCACGUUCCAGUCUUAGUCACGAUGAGGUGAAAGCUGAAACCAUCCGCAACCUGAGGAAGUCCUUCGCCAGUCUCUUCUCAGACUGAAGGGAUCUUUCGGGAGUCAUUUUAAUCCCUCCGACACCACGUCACACCUCUCCCAACCCAACAUUGCGGCUUUGUGUCUAAAAUCCCGCUCCCUUCACCUGUUUGCACGGCUUAAUCUUCUCCUGAAAAAAAAAGGCCAAUGAAGAGGUAGAUAUGGAGAGAAGACAAAUCAUAAAAUCAUGGGAGGAAGAGAGAACUCUAGAGGCUAUAUACCAUAUAUAAAUAAUUUAUACAUAUAUAUUCUGGGAUACCAGAGCGGAGAGCUCUGAUGGCGGUAGUAUCCUUAAGGCCUUUUUAGAUAGUCAAGGACAAAAAAAAGCAAAUGGCAGGAGGACAACCACGCAGGGGAACCCGUCCUAUCGGGGAUCCUCGUUAGGACCUGUGACCACAAGUCCUACGUGUGGCAGUCUUCUGCAUGUGUGUGUAUAUAUAUAUGUAUACAAAUAUAUAUUCAUGGAUAUUAAUAUAUUAGACCCUGCAACAGUAAAGUUAAGUUAAUUUUGUACGUUUGUCUGAUCUCUCGACCGUCACUUCUGCGCUUCUCCUCCCAGCCUGCUCUCACUAUCUAUCCCUCCUGGUUCCCAUCUUCCGCUACGCUCCUGUGCUGUGUGUUGCGCUGUUCCCCGGCUGUGAUACAGUUCCCAGAUAUUUUGUUGACAUCCGAAUGUAAAGCCACAGCUUUUGUCUCCAAUUCUGUCUUUAUUUCCACCCCCCACUCCCCUUCAUGAGCCUGGCUGAUCCCGCUCCUAACCCUGCUUUCUCCCGCUUUGUGUUUCCACUCAUUCCAGGUCUUAUUUUGUGUGACAGUAACACUAUUGUAACGUGUGUAACUUAAGCUUGCUGUGGGUACUGUCGUGAUAUGAUUGUUAGUGAGCAAAAAACCAUGAUCUUAGUAUUCAGAGUAAUAUAUUAUGAUUAUAUUAAAGAACUUAUUCUAUUUACCUGCACAGAGCAGGCGCCAUCAGAAGUGUGCGUAACGUUUGUCAGCGUUUGUGUGAAAAUGUGAACCCCAAAGGGGGGCAAGAAAAUGUGAUGUGUCCUAAUUAAACAAUUCUGAAAGCAA